AUGCUGGGCCUCGGUGGCAGCACACCGGUGCGGCCGCCGCAGUCCCAGCCUCAAACUCCAGGCACCGGACCUUCCGAGAGUUCUUCUGGGAUUCAGCCCUCCCCUUCAGCCAAUUCCCAGCUGGCGGGUCUUCUAGAGCCCGACCCCCUUACAAACCUCAACCACCAAUUGCCGCAAUCACCAGCUGUAACCUUAGAUCAGUUCAUCCAAGAGUGCAGCGAGUUGAUCGAAGGCAUAGAGCCACGCAGACAUGUAUUCCCUGAGGUACGUUCCAUCAAAUUACCCAAGACUCGUCUAUCAGUCACGCCAUUUCAGCUGUACGAGGCCUGGAAGAUGCUAAAUCAACGAGAAAGAACAGGGCUCCGGGGCGGCCUACAGGCCAGUGCUGCUGGAGUAGGAAAAAGUUUUAUAGUGGUAUCUGUUGUCGUACUUCGAGCCCGGCUAUACGAAGUUUCGCGGCAAGUUAAGGAGUUCUGGUCCUUGCCCCCCGUCACAGGCUCAAGUCGGGGAGGAAGGCCGGCCUCUGCCAAGCACUUGCCCAGCACGACCCGCGGCAGCGGACACAAAUGCCCCUCUCAAGCCAAGGGUGACGUGGUAUGUUAUUGUGUACCCACCUCGAAAGCCCGCGAGUUUAUCGAUGCUGCAGUCGCCCCCCGUGGAGCGACCCUCAUUCAGGCCCCUUUCGCCGUGAUGCCCCAGUGGAUCGACCUAUUCGAGACUGGGAACUUGGAUCCGUCCACAUACAACCUCAUCAUCACCUCCCCGGCAACUCCAUCACGACUGAAGCGAGAUUUUACACGGGUGGUCAAGUCUCUAGAUCAGCCAGGCGCGAAGGGCUCACACCAAGCACUGGAGACUUACAUUUUCUUUUCGUCUCACACCAACCCAAAAAUCCGCGAAACUUUUACGGAGGGGAGCAUCCAAGUUGGAGUUCAUUUCUCCGACGAAUCUCACGGCGCGAUGCGGCUCGAGACAGGCGCGAUGGCAAUCAGUCAAGCGCAGUCCAAGAUUGGUGACGGUGUUGAUUUAUGGCUCGUCAGUGCUACACCUAUCCGGCUGCUUAAAGAUUUUGAGCUCCCGAUCCAGAUUAUUAGCAGCUCUAGCGACUUGGCCCGCUGCACGGCUAUGGCAGACUUGGUCACAGCACAUACCACCGCGAGGUCUUCGACUGAGGACAUGAACACCUUCCUAAGCCAUUGGUCCAGAGUAUUUGACGGCAGACUCGUCCGUCGCAACAAAGUCUCCGCACAGUUCAAUGGCAGGUCGAUCACAGGCUUACGGGUCACUAGGCCGGACAGCAAAUGGCUGGAAACUCCGCAGCAGCACAUCGGCAGUGUCCAGAAAGUCGCUCAUAUGACCAGGGAGGUAGUUCGCGAGAGCGCACGCGUCGCCAAAGAGAAGAACGAAGUAUUUAAGCCAGAUUACAACUCAAACAUUUACGCCAAGCUUCACUUUGUCUCCCUUUUCCCUGGCGCUGCUGAACUCAUUUCAAAGGGAGAACUCAAGGUGGAGAAUAACGAGGUGCAGGAGCUUGUGCGCAAAAUCAAGGUCUCGGACAAACACAAGGUUGAGAACAUCGAGUCUUACACGCAGCAUGUUGAAGACGCUGCACGCGGCUCACCGAAGCUCGAGUUCAUUCUGGCAGAAAUAGGGCGCAUGCGGGCAGAUAGGGAAGAGCGCGAGGAGAUUCCUGGACUUCAGGAGACUCCCCGCAGGGAAAAUCUCGCCCUCAAAAAGAUGGUCAUAAUCACUCCGACCCUCGCAACUGCUAUCAUGCUUACCAUUUUCCUGCAGAAGCGGAUGCCGUCCCUGAACCCCGUCUGCUUCCACGCCCUUGGGAGCCCGGAGCAUCGCGAGGCUGCCUUCAAAAGCUUCGAGUCUCUGACAGCUAGGAAAAAUGCCCGUCACUCCUACGUCCUGAUCACCCCAUACGCUGUCGGUGGCACAGGGCUCAACUUACAGUCGGCCAACUACCAAAUCUUUACAUUUCCUCCUGGCAGUCGAGACAAUCAGACCCAGGGUUUUGCUCGCACCAAUCGAAUCGGCCAGCGACUUUCACUUCAUCACUCUAUACUCAUUAUGCAGGAUAAUCCGGCCGAUAAGAUUAACGUGGUAAACUUUGGUGGACGAAAGGUUAUUGGCGAUCCGUUCGAUGAUAUAAGGCGCAAUCUCGUACUAGCCGCGCCAGACGGGACCAAGAAGAUCCAGCGGCUUUCAGACUGGGGCUACGAGCUUCACAAGCACGAGAUUUACUCCAAAGCCGUCGAGAGGCUUUAUUCAACUACGAUCACACAGGAUCAGUGCCAUGCCCGCGAAAUCACGCAUCCAAGUUAUAGUGCUGAGGAAAGUCUUGAUAUAUUCGACUACUUCGAUGCCGGCUCUGUAGGUGGUGACACUCUUGCAGUCAGCGAGGCGUGGAACGCAUUCGACCAACGGCCACGCCAUGAGGUUUUGGCGCUGCGCGAUAUCAUACUGGGCUUUUGGGUACAUGAGCUCGACAGGCCGGCCACGAGUCUCAAGCAUCUCGUUUACUUCGUCGUCAAAGAAGAGCUCCUCCGCUACGAAUUGUGGCCGGAGAUCUAUGCUCUGAUGCGCAAGAAACAAACCGAAAACCUUCUUAUCCGCCGGGACGGUGGGUCAACUGCAGAAGGACAAGCGUUCAAUAUCUUGCUGCAAAAUUCUCCGUUCGGUAUCGGGGUACAGAAGAUGCUGGAUGAGUAUAACGAAUUUGCAAGGGUCAAGAUUGUGUCUUUUGAGUUCCUGCCGGAACAGAUACUCGAGGAAGGUUUCGAGAUCACCUUUCAUUUGAGAAUUACGCUCGCAUAG